UUCCCGCUUUAAUUCUGAAAUUCAAUCCAAACGGCGCCAACAAAAUCUACACUUCUCUCUAUUAUUUAUAGCUAUCUCUCGUCUCUGCGAACGACCCGACCCGGAUCGGAUCGAACCGAAUCGAACCGACGAGCAAUUAGAAAUGUUCGGCAGAAUUAGGGCUUCGACUUCUUCGCUGGACAGCUUGGAGGGUCCUCCUUCCAAGAUUCUCAAAGAUGACUCUUUCUCUAUCUAUGAGGCUACUCUAAUGAAGCUAAAACUUGGUGCUCAACGUGAUAUAUCCUCGUCUAAGGAAAUGGAUGAGGUUAUAAAUGAUUGUUCAAUUAGUUCACCCUGCGCUGAGGAAGCAAAUUGUACUCCAGCUACAAUAAUUUCACCCGUCGGUGAUGGGAUAAUGAUGAUGGACACAGAUUGCUCUUCUACAACAACAAGCACUUCACCUAGUUUUGGUGACCAUGUUUCUGCUGGGAAUUCAGAACAGCGAAGAAGCAGUAAUAGUAAUGUUUCCAUUCUUCACUUCUAUAAAUUUAAGGAUCCCGGACAUUCCAGUGUAUCAUCAUCAUCUUGUGCAGAGCCAACUUCAACAAAGAAUGGUAGUUCUGGAAUCAUUUCAUCAAGUUCUAUUGAAUCUCGAUACAGAAGUGAAAUGGAAAGAGUUCAAACUUUACGAAAUAGCGACUUGUCAGAAUAAAAUAUGGUUUUUUAUGACCUGAAAGCAUGUAAAUCGGCAAUUUGUUCUAGGUUAUACCUUCCACUGCU